CGGAGGAGGGCGCGUCAGUCCCGCUCCGGGGUCCGUUCCGCGCGGCCCUUCCCGAGCGCCCUGCAGGACGGCCGCACCUCCCGCCUCGGCUGCCCGCCCAGAUGCCGCCUCCGGGGCUGCUGCUGCUGAUCCUGGCGCUCAGCGCCCCGCCGGCAGGUGCCUUCGUGCUGCACCUGGAGACGGACUGCCUGCUCUCGGCCGACGGCGGCGUCCUUGAACACAACUGGGUGCUUUUCUUCAACAAGAUGCCCUUCACCUGCUACGACUUCAACCAAAGCCAGGUCCUGCCUUGUGGCCUGGGGGCCUCCCAGCCCUGGGACCAGAUGGGGGUGCCCGUGGCCCAGUGGCUCGCGCAAAACGCCCCGGAACUGCCGCAGGAAGCUGCCCAGCAGUGCCAGAUCCACGGACGCCCGCUCUGGGCCCAGACGGGGCAGAGGCUGACUAUGCCGAAGGUCAGCAUUUUCCCAGUCACCCCUCAGAACACUCCGGAUCCCAUCAUGCUGGCCUGCGUGGCCUGGGGCUUCUACCCGGGAGACGUCAACGUAACCUGGCUGUGGAACGGGGACCCUGUGAAGGAUCUCCUGGACCCCCUACUGGUCACCAGCAACGGGGACUGGACCUACCAGGCCCGGCUGACACUGCCGGUCGACCCCCAGAAGGGGGGCAGCUACUCCUGCUCCGUGCAGCACCCCAGCCUGGCUGCACCUCUCACUGCGGAAUGGACCCCAGGGAUCCCCUCGGAGCUGUGGAUCAAGAUUGGGGUCUCCGUGGCCGUGCUGGUGGUGGGGACGGUCUUCCUGGCGUCCGGCCUGGUCUUCUGGAAGCGGUCAAGGCUGCAAGGAUACGUCCCCCUGGAGGGCGAUAGCUACCCCAGUGAAGGUCGGUAGCUUUCGGAGUUCACCCCCCCCCUUCCCAACGCUCAGCUGCACCCCAGCAGCCACCUCACUUCCCUCCCGCCAGAGGGCAGAAGAUGUCAUCCUGGGGGGGUCUCCCAAGAGGCCCCCCAUCGCCGCUGCAGCGGAACGAAGCAGGACACCCUCCCCGUGGCUUCCUUCCACGCUUGUAGAAGGUGGGGGUGUGGACUCUCGCAACAGCCCCCCUCCUUUUCCUGCACCCUGGCUUCUCCAGGGUGGGGCUCGAGAAAUAAAAACAUUGCCCCCCCCUC